UCCACCACGAGUUUGAACAUGGCUCGUACCAAGCAAACGGCCCGUAAAUCCACCGGUGGUAAAGCCCCCAGGAAGCAGCUCGCUACAAAAGCCGGUCGCAAGAGAGUGCCCUCUAGUGGAGGGGUCAAGAAACCUCAUCGUUACAGGCCGGGUACUGUGGCUCUCCGUGAAAUCAGAAGUUAUCAGAAAUCCACUGAACUUCUAAUUCGUAAACUUCCCUUCCAGCGUCUGGUGCGUGAAAUUGCUCAGGACUUUAAAACAGAUCUGCGCUUCCAGAGUGCAGCAAUUGGUGCUUUGCAGGAGGCAAGUGAAGCCUAUCUGGUCGGCCUGUUUGAGGACACCAACCUAUGUGCUAUCCAUGCCAAACGUGUCACAAUCAUGCCAAAAGAUAUCCAGCUAGCACGCCGCAUUCGUGGAGAACGUGCUUAA